AUGGACAGGUUUUUUAAAAUAUAUCUAAGUUGCUUGUUAGCACUUGUAAUUGGAGUUAGCCUUUCACUUGCUGCUCCAUCCCCAAGUAUCCCUAUCGGUGAAACUGUGUGGAAUAGUGGUGAUAAUGUAACGGCAAUGUGGACGGACGCUGGGGAACCAAAAUCUUCCACAAUGUCAGGAAUAAAAGUCCAAUUCAUGACAGGUCCAGAUAAUCCGCAAAUUCCAUUAUUAACUCUUGCGGAAAAUUUGCCAAACACCGCAACAUCUUUAAAUUUUAUUGUUCCAUCGCCCAGCUCAUUAGGAUAUCCUCCAGGAAAAAUUUAUUUUUUGAUGUUUUCGGACCCUGCAAAACCUGGUGUAGGGGUUAGUUGGAGUACUAGGUUCACUGUGCUUGAAGCUGGUAAUAGUAAUCCGCCCGCAAAUUAUACUACAGGAACUCCAUGGCCCUUCACUAAAUCCCCGAGUGCUCCUGCAACACCUACUCCUCCUGUAUUUACACCAACACCAACACAACCGGCUCCGGCUGUGCAGACUCCUUCUGCUGCUCAAUCAGCUACGACACCGCAAGAACCUACGCCUAGUGAUGUAGCUGCUUUGUCUAGUGACGCACCUGAUUCAUCAUCACCUAAACCCACUACUACUCCGAAAAAGUCGGGAUGUGAUAGUAAAUUCCCUGAAAGCAAUGGAAAAUUCUUGAUUGUUGUAAUGAGUUUUAUUUGUGUAUUUUGGACAUAUGGGGUAUAG